AUGGACGCUACCCCUGCUCAGCGUAUAGGACAAGCUCGCAGAAAUCCCACCAUCGACCUAGAUGAUUGGGAUUCAGCGGUGCCGUCCAGACGUAAGAAACCUCGAAGAGGAACACGCAGCUGCUGGGAAUGCAAGCGACGAAAGAUGAAAUGUGUAUUUGAUAGCCCCGAUGACGCAGUCUGCGUUAGCUGCCAUAGACGUUGGACCAAAUGCGUGAGUCAGGAGUUCCCCGAGAAAAUGUCCACCCCUUUGGACAACAGUCAGUUACGGGAUCGCCUGCGACGAGUGGAGUCCCAACUUGACCAAUUUCUUGCUGCGGGCGACAAUGGCCAAACAAAGAACCCAGAUCGACAGCUAGACCACGGUAUCCCAACCCCGACCUCGGUGUACAAAGGUCCCUCAAAACAUGCGCCUCCUGCAUCGCAUCAGCCCAGCCAUACCCCGGCCGAGGAUGAACGUUCUCAUGACCAUCUCAAUCUCGACAGGUCAUUCCCUGCCAAUGUUGGCGGUACUUCCAGGGCAAAUGCAUUGUCUCAGACUCUCUACAACUCCUUGCCCUCGCAGGAAGAUACCGCGAGAAUCCACAGGGCCAGUGCUCGCCACAAUUUCAUCCCAUUUCAUGAAAUCCUAACCACACCGUACGGUAUUCUUGACCGGGAUGGCUUUCGGUCCCAAAGCCGCCUUCUUGAGAUACCGGGCCCGAACGUAAACCCAGUUCUCAUAGCGCAUCACAUGCUGCAUCUAGCGAGCUUCCUCCAGCACCUGAACCCCGAUCUUCAUGAAGACCUUCGGGAUCUCUCGGAGCCUCCACAAGUCAUACGCGAACGACUAGCGGAUAAAGCAAUCAAUCUGGUGACCACCAAUGAUAGGUUUGUGGGCAGCAUUGAAUUUCUAGAAUGCGUUAUGAUUGAGAGCCUGUAUCAAGGCAAUUGUGGAUAUCUACGACGAAGCUGGAGGGCUGUGCGGAGAGCCAUGACUAUUGCGCAGUCGAUGGGGUUUCAUCGGUCGGGGGGCCGUCCUCAGUACAAGCUUCUCCAUCCGGAGACCAAGGCGUACCCACACUUCAUGUGGUUCCGCAUUGUCUCAUACGAUCGACAGAUGUGUCUUAUGCUCGGUAUGCCGCAGGGGGCCACCGAUCGGAGUAUGGCGUCCGACACGAUGCUCGACGAUUCGGCCAGCGGUCGUCUUGAACGAAUCCAUUGUGUCAUCGCAUCACGAAUUUUGGAGCGCAACGAAUCCGACUCGGCCAGCUAUGAUUAUGCCUGGACGCAGGACGUUGAUAAGGAGCUGCAGCGAUCCGCCCGGAGCAUGCCAAGUCGAUGGUGGUUGGUCCCGAACCUCAGUGGUCAGACGAAAGACUCACAGGCCUUGUUCUGGGAAAUGCGGCGACUGUCAGAACAAUUAUUUCACUACAACCUUCUCAACCAGCUUCACCUUCCCUACAUGCUUCGCGAAUCGGUUGAGCGUAAAUUUGAUUACUCUCGAAUCACUUGUGUCAACUCCUCGCGAGAGAUCUUAUCCCGCUUCAUCAUGCUGCGCCGCUGGAACAAAGUAGCUUUUAGUUGCCGCACCAUCGACUUCACCGCAUUAAUGGCCGCCAUGACCCUGGUAUUGGCACAUUUGGAUGGUCAUCGCUCCUCCAAGGUUGACAAUUUUCUCGCCCCCCAAUAUUUGAGCGACCGUGCCAUGAUUGAGCAGGCACAAGAAAACAUGGAGGAGCUCAACCGUCUGAACCCCGACACUCUGAGUGCACGAAGUGCUCAAUUGCUGGACCGGUUACUCGCCAUCGAGGCCAAGGCAGCUGAAGGUGACCUCCAAAGUGCCCAAAGCGUAAGCGUACAAGCGCCCCAUAUUGAAGAAUCACAACCGGACGACUCGACAAUUUCUGAUAAACACGACUAUAUCCCAUAUUUUGGGGUCAUUAAGACUGCGGGCGAGAGUCACGCUGACGGGAUAAGUUCACAAUAUGUGCCACCGGCAAACCACCAACAGAGCAAAUCUCCGGUCAUCAUGCGAGCAGGGACGGAUGCAGAGACGCAAGCACAGCCCACCUCUCUUGCAACAUCAGUACCUCCAGAUCCCUAUAACAAUACCUACUGUAAUAAAAUCAACAGCAACGGCAGCAACAAUAACGUCACAGCCCUCUUUGCGCCGCUACUCUCGGAGGUUCUCUCGGAUGAUCCCAUGCAGGAGUUUGAGUACCCUGGGACGGCAGCUAAGAUUGAUGACGAUCCAUUUCAAUAUCUGGACUUGGCUUUCUUGGAUAACCUGAUGAGAGGCACAGAGGAGGAUGGGCAAGGUAGCGCAUAA